CCAGAAUGACACUUAUAAUGAUUUAACUUUGGAAAAGAGAAGAACAAAAUUUAAAUUUACGAAAUUCGAAUCAUUUUUUUUUUGCAAUACCCCAUUUAUGAAUAGAAUUCGAAUGAUGAAAUGAAUUGCCCCGAAACAACAACGACGGCCGUCAACGGGUUUCUUUUUUGACUGUUGUUCCCCCCCCCACCAAUAUUUACUGCAUGCGAAUUGCUUUUGUAUUAUUGAACAAAAAAAAAUUUUUUUUUGAAUGUUUUCAUUUUAUUCGUUUUAUGAAUAUUUUAUUUAAUUAAAAUCUCAUCGAUAAUUUGUCGAUUUAUCAAUUAAUUGAUUUGAAACUGAAGAUUAUGGCUGAUUUGAUUGCUAGUGAUGACAAUUAUAAUGUUGAUGAAUUAAUACGUGAAAGUCAGGCGAAAAUUGACCAUGAAAUUGCCGAACAAUUUCCAUUGGUUUCUGAAUCAUAUGAUAUAAGUAAAUUGCAUAAUGAAUAUUCGAAUGAAGAUCAAGUUUAUCAACAAAAAGUCGCUGAUCUGGAAGCAAAAUAUUUUGCUCUGCGUAAAACUCGACCAGAUGGAAAUUGUUUUUAUCGUGCAUUUAUAUUCGCUUAUUUUGAAUCAUUGUUUGGAGAUCCAAAUGAAUUAAAACGUUUUAUUCAGGUCUGCCAUGAAACUCGUAAAGAUAUUACCAGUCUUGGUUUUCCUGAUUUCACUGUUGAUGAAUUCUAUGAUUACUUUUAUGAAAUCGUCUCACUCAUCCAAGAUGGUAAGGUUACAAACACCCUGGAAUUGAUGGCCGAAUUAGAUAAACCUUCUGUAUCAGAUAAUAUUGUCGUCUAUUUGCGUCUGCUGACAUCAUAUUACCUGCAAAAAGAAUCGGACUUUUUCGCCAACUUCAUUGAAGGGUCUGGACAGAUGGCCGAAUUCUGUAAACGAGAAGUUGAACCAAUGUACAAGGAAUCUGAUCAUAUCCAUAUAAUUGCUCUAUGUUCAGUGUUGAAUGUUAAUGUACGCGUCGUAUAUAUGGACCGUGGUGCUGGAGGUAAAGUAAAUGAACAUGAUUUUAUUCCCAUACAUAAGAACAAUGAUUCCGAUAAUGGUAAUCAAUCACAACAAGAAUCUGAUGCUCGUAUUCAUCUUUUAUAUCGGCCUGGACAUUAUGAUAUUCUCUACAAAAAGAAGUAAAUCUAUCCAUUUUAACGAACAACAAAUCGAUCGAUUUUUUUAAUUAUAGCUCGAUUAUUUGUGAAUUAAUUGAAAAAAAUAUUUAGGCCUAUAUCUUAAUCUUCGUUUCCUU